AAGGGUCACCCUCUAAGGAUCUCCACAGGAGGCUGCCCAUAGAGAGAGGCAGCCUGCCUAGGGUCUCCACUGCCUUAGGUUCUACAUGGACACCAUUAGGGCUGAGGGAAUCAGUAUCUCUUUACUUAUCUGUAAUCUACAUAUCAACUAGAAAAUUCUGCCUUCUGCUAUUUGUUUGUUUAUUUAUUUAUUUAUUCAUUCAUUCAUUUAUUUUUGGUAGAAAGAGUUUUAACUGCUGCUUCAAUUCCUUUAAUAGAGGACUAUUCAGGAUUUCUUUUUCUUCUUGAGUCAGUUUUGGUACGUUAAAGUUUUCUAGGAAUUGGUCUAUUUUGCCUGCAUUCUCAAAUUUAUUGGCAUCAACUUCCCUUAUUUUUGAUUCUCUGCUGUACAUAAUCUGUAGUUAUGUCUCCUUUUUCAUUGCUGUUAUUGGUUAUUUGUGCCUUCUCACUUUUUUUCAUGAUCAAUCUCUCCAGAGGUUUGUCUAUUUUAUUAGUCUUUUCGAAGAACCAACUUUUGGCUUUGUUGCUUCUCUCUAUUAUGUCUUUGUUUUCUAUUUCUUUAAUUUCUGCUCUUAUCUUUUUUGAUCUCCUUCCUUCCACAUUUUUUGGAUUUAUUCUGUUGUUCUUUUUCUAAUUUCUUAUAUUGAAUACUGAGCUCAUUAAUCUUCAGCCUUCCUUGUUUUUUGAUUUGUGCAUUUAAGGAUAUAAAUUGCCUUCUAAAUACUGCUCUUUUAUAAGUUCAGACAUGUCCUAUUUCAUUAUUGUUCUGUUCCGAGUACUUUAACAUUUUCAUCAUGGUUACUUCUUUGACCUGUGAGUUAUAUAAAAGUAUGUUUUUAAAUUUCUCAAUGUUUGGUGAUUUUUAAUUUUAUCUCUUUGUUAUUGAAAUCUAUCUUAAUUGCAUUAUGGUCAGAGGAUGUUGUCUGUGUGAUAACAAUUCUGAAUUUUAUUGAGACUUGAUUAUGGCUUAGUACGUGAUCAAUAUUUUUUAAUGUUUCCUGUGUGCUUUAUAAGAAUGUAUGUUCUCUAAUUGUUGAUUACAGAGUUCUACAUAUGUCUAUUAUCAAGCUUGUUAGUUGUAUUGUUCAAAUUUUCUAUAUCUAUACUGAUUUUUUGGUGUCACUAUAUAGCAGUAAUUGUAAGAGGUGUAUUAAUAUUCAACUAUGAUGGUGGAUUUGUCUAUUUCUCUUGUAGUUCUUUUUUAAAAUUUUAUAUAUUUUGAGAAUAUUUUAUUAGGACUAUUCAAAAUAAGAAUUGUUAGAUAUUCCUGAUAAAUAUGUAAUGACCCUCUCUAUUCUUGAUAAUGCAUUUUUCCUUGAAGUCUAUUUUACCUUAUAUUAAUAUAACAACACAAACUUUUCUUCUUGUUAGGAUUUAUGUGGCAUAUAAUUUUCCAACCUUUUACUUUACAACAUUUUCAUGCUCUUAUGCUUCAAUUAUACCUCUUGGGAAUGGCAUAUAGCUGGACCUUUUUUUUAAAAAAAGGUAAUCUGGUGAUCUCUGUUUUUUAACGGGCAAGUUUAAUCUGUUUACAUUUAUUGUGAUAUAUUUGGGCUUGUUUCUACCAUUAUACUUUUUUAUUUCUAUUUCCUAUCAAAAUUUUUUCUAUGCUUCAUUUUCUUUCUUUUUU